AUGCCACGUGCUGCCAUGCGAACUGCCGGAUUUCAAUCCAUCGGCGCUCUUAUCGGCACCUGCCCUUCUCUCGAGAUGCUCGUGCUGAGCUCGAACUUGGCUGAUGCGGCGGGCGUUGAGGGUGAUUUCUCCGCAGGACUUGGCAAGAACAAGUCCCUGAAGUCACUGUGCUUGGCAGCUUGCCGCCUCGGCAACGCAGGUGUUCAGCAACUCUGUGCUGGGCCCUUGAUGACCCAUCCUGCGCUAGAGCACGUGUCCUUCAACUACAAUCGGUUGGAGGAUGAGGUUUGCAACAGCGUGUGCAGGAUGCUGGCGACGAACACACGGCUGCGCUACCUUGAGCUUUGCGGCAACUCCAUCGGUCCGGCAGGUGCUGAGGAGCUGGUGAAGGGCCUCAUUGCCAACAAGGGCAACCUGCAGAAGUUGGGACUGGCGCAGAACACCAUCAUGCAGAGAGGAUGCACCGCUCUCUGCAAGCAUUUCGUCUCCGAGAAGGGAAAGAGCCUCGAGUACCUUGACCUGCGCCACAACAAAGUUGGCUACUACGGCUGCGUGGAGAUCCGAGCUAUGUUGAAAAAGCCAAUGGAUGACGACGAGUCGAACAAGGGCUGGAUGAUCAAUUUCGGUGAGAGACAGCUCAUGCUCAACGCGCACUGA